AUGGAUAAAAGCAAAGUUGAAUGGAUUCAACGUCCUUCGAGUGCUCAACCCAACUUACAAAGUCAUCCGUGUUAUCAAUCAAGUUUAUUAGACGAUAAUCGAGCACCGGGAACAGUUGACGAAUGGAAGAAAUCUAGAAUUCUCGGUGGAACAAAAUAUGUUGGAUUACAAAACAUAAAUCGAAAUGCCGAUGAUUAUGAUCAAAAUUUAGAAACAAAAGCCUACUUUCAAUCGUUUAAACAUUUACGUCGAUUAACCGUAGCAAAUGCCACAAAUAUUCAACAAUCGGAUGUUAUUUUAUUGAAAAGAGCAAAAAGCUAUGCUUUAGUGGGUCUCAAAGGAGAACUCAAAUCAUCUCCUGAAUAUUCAACGGGUCGACGAUCACAGCUUAAUAAGAGUGAAGAGCUGCUCGAUGACAGCGACAAAAAAAUACUAGAGAUCGAAGAAAGGCUGAGUAUUAGUGCUCUAGAAACAAUAAAACAAGCAUUCCAGGUUGAAUCAGAUGAACUCGAUAGCUCAGGUCAAAUGACUUUAGACGAGUUUAAGAGUGUUGUCAAAAGCUGUUUAAGAUCAAGAAAAGGAGUUGAUGAACAAAUCGAAGUAUUAUUUCAUAAAAUUGAUUAUAAUGCUGAAGGUGUUAUCUCUUGGGAUGAAUUUUGUACAUUUCUCCAGUUAAACUUUGAUGAAAAAGCCAAUUCAGUUAAACGGGAAAAAGAAAUUUCAUUUGUUUUACCAGCGAAAAUCGAAAAAACUCCACAUCGCUUUCCUGUUAGCAACCAAACGGCAGGAAUUGAUCAAACUCUUACAGCACGUGAACGUCUGGAAAAGCGUAAAGAUCAACAGACAAGAUCUCAACCGAAAUGGAUUACGGAUUGUUUGAUUAUUCCAGAAUUUAGCAAAGUAGUGAUUAGCACAGGAGAUCGUGAAUUACAAUUUUGGGAUCAAACAUCCUGUCUAAGUGGGUCAAGAGAUGCGAAAUCAAACGAUCUACAAUGUACACAAAUUUCAUCGUUAGAAAGUGUUCCAAUAAAAAUACACUACGGUACCGUAUCGGACGAAUUGACGUUAAUUUAUGGUGAUACUGAUGGUUGUGUGAAUAUUCUGAUCUUUGCUGCUGCGAGAGAAACAUUCCGUUUGCUAACAACGGCAGAAAAAAAGAAAGGCAUAGCAACAGUUGCAUUUGAAAAAUUUCUUGACAACUAUCGUUGUGAUUAUAUCCGAUGGCAAGUUCAUAAAGAAUGGAUAGAACAUAUAUGUUUUGAUUCACGUUUAAAUCAAAUAAUAUCAUGUUCAAAUGAUCAAUAUACAGCAGUUGUUAUAGGUUGUAUUCGUGCAUCAACAAGUUCAGAAAUUCAAUUACGUGAGAAUAAAGGUACUUCAUCAACUAUUGGAUUUAAUGCGACGAGUAAAUCAUCGUUACGUUCGAAAUCCGCUGAUCUAAAACGCUUACGUAGAAGAAGUCGAGCUAAUGUAACAAUAACUGAAUCAGAAUCAGCGGAUGAAGACAAUCAGCAACUGCAUCAAAAGAAACGUGAUUCAACAACAUCGUUCUACACACAAUGGACACAGGAUUCUUCAACUAAACAACAACAGCAAUCAAAAUCAAAAUUAUCAUCAAAACAAUUAUUAAACCAUGUCCAAUUCAGAUGUGAUAGCGAUCAAACAGUAUUCAAAGUUUAUAAAGGUGUUAAAACAUUCGAUAUAUCAGUAGAAAAAAAUGUACUUGUCACUGGAGGAAUGGAUCGUGUUUUAAGAAUUUGGAAUCCAUAUGUACCGGCAAGACCAAUUGCACGUUUACGAGGGCAUACAGCACCAAUAUUUUAUAUCAAAAUAGCUGAAGAUGACAAUAGAGUGUUUUCUUUAUCAACAGACAAAAGUGUUCUAGUAAGUAAUGAGUAUGUUUGA